AUGGGGCAGGCGGCGUCGACGCUGGCGCCGGCCUUUGCCGACGUGUCGCUCCUCGACGUGCGCAAGGCGGUGACGGUCCACCAGAAGCGGCUCAACGGCGCGGCCCUCCUGACGGCGCGGCAGGCGCAGCAGCUCCUGCGCCCCCGGGGCUCGACGAGCGACAAGGCGGCCCUCGAGGCCGCCGUGCGCGACACCUUUUGCGGCGAGGUCCGGCAGGACGGCCGGGCCGUGGACCGCGUCGUCGGCGCGGCGGUGCUCGGCGCGCUCGUCUGCGCCGCGGGCGGCGCGGGGGACCUGCCGGGCGCCGGCGCCGCGUCGCCCGUCGCCGCGCGCGCCGCGGCGUUCUUCCACCUCCUGGCGAACGGGGCGCGCACGGUGGCGCCCGCGGCCGUCGCCGCGCUCCUCGACCGCGUGUCGACGGGCCUCGCGAGGCUGUCCGGCGCGCCGCGGUUGGCCGCGCCGGACGGCCACUUCGCCGCGGUCGUCGCCGGCUUCAUCGGGAGCGACCCCGCCGACGGCGCGACCUUCGUGGCCAACGCGCGGCGGCUCCUCGACGGCGCGCCGCCGGAGCGCUUCGCGGAGCUCAUGCUGCUCCGCGCGCCCGCGGCGCCCCUGGGCACGAGCCUCGGCGACCCGGUGCACAUCACGCCGCGCACGGGGGGUUUGGAGGUGGCGCCGGAGGACCGCGCCUACGACACGGCCGCGGACUACGCCAAGGCGAUGGCGUCCGCGCCCGCGCCGGCGCCGGGCCCCGAGGACGACGGCGCCUCCGAGGCGGCCGCCCGCGUCGACGCGGCCCGCGAGGCGGCGGCCGUCGAAGCGGCGGCCCUCGAGGCCGAGGCGGCCCGCGUCGAGGCCGAGGCGUCGCGCGUCGAGGCCGCGCGCGUCGAGGCCGCGGCGGCCGAGGCCGCGGCCGCGCGGCGCCGCGAGGCCGAGGUGUUGGCGGCCAAGGCCAAGGCCGAGGAGGAGGCGGCGAAGCUCGCCGCCGCGGAGCAGGAGAAGCGGGCGGCCGAGGCCAAGGCCGAGGCCGCCGCGGCCGCGAAGGCGGACGCGGAGUCCAAGGCCGCCGAGGCCGCCGAGGCCAAGGCCGCCGCGGAGGCCGAGGCCGAGGAGAAGCGCGUCGCUUUAGAAGCGCAGCAGCAGAAGCUCGCGGACCUCGAGGCCGCCGGCGACGAGGCCGCCGUCGAGGCCGCGCGCGCGGAGCUCGAGCGGGAGCGCGAGGCCGUCGCGGCCGCGGAGUCGCGCGCGCGCGAGGCCCAGGCCGCGGAGCGGGCCGAGGCCGCGCGCGUCGAGGAGGCCCGGGCCACCGCCGAGGCCGAGGCGGCCAAGGUCCUCGAGGCCGAGGCCGCGGCCGCGCGCGAGGCCGAGGCCGUCCGCGCCGCCGAGGCCGAGCUCGAGGCCGAGGAGGCGCGCCGCGCCGACGCCGACGCCGAGGCCGCGCGCGCGGCGGAGCAGCGCGACGCCGAGGCCGCCGCGGUUCAGAAGCAGGCCCUCGAGCGCGCCGAGGACGCGCGGCGCCGCGCGGCCGCCGCCGCGCCCGCGGCCGCGGCCGCCGCGCCGCCGGACCCGGAGAAGCUCCGCAAGGCCGAGCGCAAGGCCGCGAAGAAGCGCGCCCGCGCGGCGCGCGACGACGCCGCGGCGGCGCGCGCGGAGCUCGACGCGCUCGCGGACGACGGCUCGCCCGAGGCCGCCGCGCGGCGCGCGGAGCUCGACGCGCGCGUCGCCGCGGGCGAGCGCGCCGCGGGCGAGUUCGCCGCGCUCUACGCGCCGGCGCCCGCGCCGGCGGGCGCGCGGCCCCGGUCGCGGCCCGGGUCCGCGACGGGCGGCGGCUCGCGGCCCGGGUCCGCGACGGGCUCGCGGUCGCGGCCCGGGUCGCGGCCCGGGUCGGCGACGCGGCGCGACGAGGUCGGCGAGGGCCCCGCCGGGUCGCGGCCGAGCUCCGCGGGGUCGCGGCCGACGUCCGCCGGCGGCGGGCGCGUCAUUGCGUUCGGCGGCGGCCGCGUCCGCGGCAUCUCCAUCGACGAGACCGACGAGGACGAGCGCGAGAAGUUCGCCGAGGAGGUGCAGCGCGAGGUCGAGAAGAAGGCCCACGAGCGCCAUUUGGCGGAAGCGCGCGCGGCGCUCGACGCGUCCGACGAGAGCGGCGACGAGCUGCUGACGGAGGUCGAGGUCGAGGCGUCGGCCUUCGACGGGUCCGCCGUCGCGGCGAAGAAGGCGGAGAUCGAGGCGAAGCGCGAGGCGAAGCGGCUCGCCGCGGAGGAGAGGAAGAAAGAGAAGGCCGCGGCGCUCGAGGAGCGGCGCCUCGCCGCGGACGCGCGCGCGAGGCGCGAGGCCGAGGAGAUGGCGGCUCUCGAGGCCGCCGCCGCCGAGGAGGAGGAGGAGGAGGAAGAUGACGAGGACGAGCCGGAGCCGGAGCUCGUCGCGGAGGACGGCGUCGACCUGGAGGCGAGGCGCGCGGAGCUCGCGGCCGCCAAGGAGGCGAAGCGGGAGGCGAAGCGCGCCGCUUUGGAGGAGAAGAAGCGGGCCAAGGCCGCGGCCCUCGAGGAGCGCAAGGCCGCGGCCGCGGCCCGGAAGCAGCGCGAGGCCGACGAGCUGGCGGCGCUCGAGGCCGCGGACGACGACGACGACGACGAGCCCGAGGCCGACGAGCCGGACGACGAGCCGGACGACGACGACGGCGGCGCGGACCUCGCCGCGAAGCGCGCGGAGAUGGCGGCGAAGAAGGAGGAGAAGCAGCGGGCCAAGGCCGCGGCCGCGGAGGAGAAGCGCGGGGCCCGGGAGGCCAAGGCCGAGGCCGCGCGGCUCAAGAAGGAGGCCAAGGCCAAGGCGCUCGCGGACCUCGAGGCCGAGGACGACGACGAGGAAGAGCAGGAGGAGCCCGAGGAGGACGACGACGAGGAGGCCGACGGCGGCGACGACGACGUCGCCGCGCUCAAGGCCGAGAAGGCCGCGAAGAAGGAGGCGAAGCGCGCGGCCGCCGAGGCGAAGAAGCGGGCCAAGGCCGACAAGGCCGAGGCCCUGCGCCUCAAGAAGGAGGCCAAGGCCAAGGCGCUCGCGGACGCGCGCGCCGCGAGCGACGAGGAGGAGGAGGAAGAUGAGCCCGAGGAGGAGGAAGAGGAGGAGGAGGCCGACGACUCCGCGGAGCUCGAGGCCCUCGCGGCCGACAAGCGGCGCAAGAAGGAGGCCAAGGCCGCGAAGAAGCGCGCCGCGGCCGAGAAGAAGGCGCGCGCCGCGGCGGCGAAGAAGGCGCUGGCGGCCCAGGCCGCCGCGGAGUCGUCCGAGGAGGAGGAGGAGGAGGAAGAGGAGGAGGAGGAGGUCGUCGUCGUCGCGAAGUCGCCGAAGAAGAAGAAGAAGGUCGUCAAGAAGGUCGUGAAGAAGCGCGUCGUCGAGGCGGAGGAGUCGUCCGAGGAGGAGGAGGUCGUCGUCGUCGAGGAGGAGGAGGUCGUGAAGAAGCCCAAGAAGCCGAAGAAGUUCUCGCCCGCGCCGAACUUCGCGAAGAAGGCGCCGCGGCCCCAGGAGAGCAGCGAGGAGGAGGACGACGAGGAGUACUUCGAGGAGGCCAAGGUCGCGGAGAAGCCCAAGAAGCCCAAGAAGUUCUGGGAGAAGCCGUCCGACGACGACGGCGAGGAGGAGGAGGACGAUGAGGACAGACCGCGGCGGUCCAAGCCCAAGCCGAAGAAGUCGCCGCGCGCGGCCGUCGCCGCGGCCGACGACGACUACGUCGACGAGGACUACGGCGGCGAGUCGGGCGCGCUCGCGCGGCGCCGGCGGGACGAGGCCAAGCGCAUGGCCGCGGACCGCGGCGAGGACUCGUUCCUCGACUCGCCGGAGCGGGGCCGCACGCUCAAGCGCGGCGACAAGGUGCCCCCGGGCGUCGACGAGAUGGUCUCCGACAGCGAGCCCAUGCUGCCCGACACGACGCUCGGCCGGCCCCGGUCCGUGCCGGGCGAGGCGCGGCCCGACCGCGCGCGCGCGCAGUCGCCCAUGAUCGACAGCGACCCGGAGCUGCCGAGCCGCCACGGCCUGCCGCGGCGCGUGCCCUACCCGGAGCAGGACAUGCCCAUCCUGUCCACGCGGUCCCCGUCGAAGUCGCCCGAGCGGCCCGGCCCCGCGUCGACGAAAAAGGCCGUCAUGCAGCACGUCGAGGAGGCGCGCCACGCCCACGACCGCGCGGCGGAGACGGCCCACCGGACCAUGCGCGAGACGGGCGGCGGCGCGUCCGCCGUCGGCGACUGCCGCCGCGACAUCGAGGCGCACCUGACGGAGGCGCGCGACGCGGCGAUGCGCGCGGCGGACGUCGCCAAGCAGGCGUCCAACUCCGCCGCGGUGCUGGCCAAGGAGGUGUCCUUCCUCGGCGACGCCGUCCAGGCGUCCCAGGAGCGCGCGCCCCAGAUGAUCGCGCUGGACCGCCUGAUCCCGUCCAUCGCGCCGCGCGCGCGGCCCGAGAUGGCGACGCCCGAGUCCGCGCUCGGCUCCGAGCAGUUCGGCUCCCAGAAGACGUCCACGAAGCCCAUCGACCGCUUCCCGCGCGAGCCGUCGCCGGACCGCGACUACGAGACCGCGCGGCGCGACGAGCCGGCGACGACGGGCGGCUACUUCGGCCGGCCCGGGAGCCGCGACGGCUACGACCGGCCGUCGAGCCCCUACGACGAGGCGCCGCCCAUGGCGACGACGGGCGGCUACUUCGGCAACCGGCCCGAGAGCCGCGACGGCUCGCGGCCCGAGAGCCCGGCCUUCGAGGGCUACUCGGCGUCGCCGCCGCCCUCUCGCGACGGCCGCGACUACGACCACCGGGCCGUGGACCUCGAGCCCCAGCAGGAGCACGGCUACUUCGGGGGCGGCGGCGGCUUCGGCGGCGGCGGCUUCGGGCGGCCGCCGCCGCGGUCGGACACGAUGGUCACGCAGGCCGGCGACGACGUCGACGACGACCUCGGCGACGACAAGGACUACGACCCCGAGGCCGACGACUACGAGAUGGACGAAGAUAGCGACGAGGAGCGCAAGCUCAAGGACGAGCACUACGGCGCGCGGCCCGAGAGCCCCCUGGUCGACGAGCCGUUGGACCGCUUCGCGAUGGGGCGUUCGUCCUUCGCGGCCGGCGGCUUCUCCUCCGGCUUCGCGGCGCGGCCCUGGGAAAACCAGCCGCCGCGCGACGCCGACUCGCCGCCCGUGCUCCGGGACACGGCGAGCCCGCCGCCGGGCGGCCGGCCCUACUCGCCCGCGUCGUCGCCGGAGCCGCCGCUCACGGCGAAGGCCUUGGCGCUGGACGACCUGCCGCGGCCCGGGGGCAAGAGCGCCAUGUACCGCGACGCCUACGAGUCGGGCACGGAGGACCCGCGCACGGACUGCGAGCACACGGAGGUGCCGAGCGACGACGACGACGGCGCGUCGUCGCGCGGCGCGAGCCGCGGCGCGCCGCCGCGCGGCGCGCCGCCGCGCCUGUCCAUCGACGAGCGGCGCCGCCGGUCCAAGUCCGGCGAGGACGACUACGCGUCGGCCCUGGGCCAGUGGAGCAGCGGCAACGACCAGCACGGCUACGAGGAGGGCUCGCCGGGCGGGUCGAGCUACUCGUACGAGCGGCCGGGCCGCUUCGGCGCCUACGGCGAGGAGAAGCGGCCCGAGAGCCGCGACGAGCCCCGGAACCACUACUUUGGCCGCGGCGGCUUCGACGAGCCGCGGCCGCCGACGCCGACGCCGCCCGCGGGCGGCGAGCGGUCGCCCGUGCACCCCGGCCGCGGCGGCGCGGUCACGGCCGACGGCGGCCACCUCACGGGCUUCGACCGCGCGGCCAGCGGCACGCCGCCGACGAAGCUGAACGUGCGCGCCUGGACGACGUCCGACGCCGUGGUGCUCCAGGACGUGCCGUCGGUGCUCGUCGUCGGCUUCAGCGACGGCGUCGAUUUCACGCUCCAGACGAACGUGACCGCGGCGGCCGUCGCGCUGGAGAUCAUGUCGUCGCCGGACUACCUCGGCGCCCAGGUCGUCUUCUGGGACGGCGCGCCGUUGGCCCACGACUCCUUCACGAGCGUGCUGCCGGCGCUCGCCGCGCGGGGCUGCCGCCUCGCGGCGUGGCGCGACGCGACGGACGACUCGCAGAAGGCGCGGCUCUGCGACUCCUGGGCGGGCGUCGACGCCGCCGAGGCCGUCGUCGCGCUCUUCGACGACCAGUCGCCGCGCGCCGCGGGCGCCGUCGGCGGCUUCGACGCGCCCGACGACGUCGCGCCCGCCGCGCGCAACAACCUGCGGCUCCUGUCCUUCACGAACGUGAAAUCCGUGGUCUGCUUCGGCGGCGGCAAGGACGUGCUCGACAUGGUCGCCCACGCGCCCAAGGACGUGUCCUUCCACGUCGUGCCCGCGGUCCGCUGCGCGGACAACGGCGCGGACGGCCAGUUCGGCACCGACGACGACCUCUUCGAGGACGCCCACAUCCUCGCCUACGACGGCGCGAACGCGGACCGCGUCCACGUCUACCAGCUCUACGGGUAG